UCUCGGUGCAAACGCGGUAGUUCCUAAAAUGAGAUCCGUUGGAUUCCCCUCCGUCCUGUCCAGCCCGGAACGACAAGUCGGAGCACCGCAUUUCCUGAUUGACCUUGUUGGCAAUCACUUCCGCCCAGGGGUUUGGAAUACCCGAGGCCCUUUGGCGGCGAACAACAGGAAAGGCACUUCCGGUGUACGUUGCCUAGGCGCCGGUCUGGUGGGCCUGCAGGGACGGCAUUACUAGGUCGUCCUCUUCCCCCCGCCUUUUGGGGGUCGAGAUGUCGGGGCUCAGCUAUCCAGAGAUGGAGGGCUGCCGUAACCUCCUCGGCCUACUAGACAACGAUGAUAUCAUGGCCCUGUGCGACACCAUCACCAACCGCCUGGUGCAGCCUGAGGACCGGCAAGAUGCCGUUCGUGCAAUAUUAUUGUACAGUCAAAGUGUAGAAGAACUUUUGAAGCGUAAGAAAGUCCACCGAGAAGUCAUAUUUAAGUACUUGGCAACACAGGGGGUUAUUAUACCUCCAGCUACUGAAAAGCACAAUCUUAUUCAGCAUGCAAAGGAUUACUGGAAAAAGCAGUUACAUCUGAAAUUGAAGGAAACACCUGAGCCAGUUAAGACAGAGGACAUUAGACUAUUUCAACAGCAGGAAAAAGAAGAUAAAAAAGCUGAAAAGGUUGAUUUUCGUCGAUUAGGAGAAGAAUUUUGUCGCUGGUUCUUUGAACUUCUUAAUUCUCAGAAUCCUUUUCUGGGACCACCUCAAGAUGAAUGGGGGCCACAGCACUUCUGGCACGAUGUCAAGCUUAGGUUUUAUUACAACACCUCUGAACAAAAUGUGAUAGACUACUAUGGAGCAGAAAUUGUGAGCCUUCGUCUGCUGUCCCUAGUGAAAGAAGAGUAUCUUUUUCUCAGUCCCAACCUAGAUUCCCAUGGACUGAAAUGUGCUUCUUCUCCGCAUGGUCUGGUUAUGGUUGGAGUUGCUGGGACUGUCCACCGAGGGAAUACUUGUUUGGGCAUUUUUGAACAAAUUUUUGGACUCAUACGCUGCCCUUUUGUGGAAAAUACGUGGAAAAUCAAGUUUAUCAACCUGAGAAUUAUUGGAGAGGGUUCUCUUGCUCCUGGAACAUUAAUGAAACCAGCUAUUACAUUUGAACCUUGUGAUCUAGAUGCCUUUUAUAACACUGUUACUUUAUGCAGUACCAACGAAGUACAACUUAAUGUAAGGCAGGCAUUGGAUAGUGGAACUGGAGACCAAGCUUUAUGCAGUGGAGAUGAGGCAUUGUUGAACAAAAGAGAACUGAGUUUACCGAGCCCUCUAAAGCACUGAACAUGUUUGUCAGUCUAAAAAACCUUCUAUACAGAAACUCUUCCAGAUAUCACAUUAGUAAUGUCUAAGUGAUUUCAGAUGCGAGGAUUGACAUAUUUUAGUUGAAAUAUCUUUCUUGACAACAGACUAACAUAUGUGAAUACUUGCCUCUUUCUACCUGAGUUGCAGCAAAUGUUCUGAGAGCUAAUGCAGUUCAUCAAAUAAAUCCCAGUUUAGAUGGUAUAACUAAUGGUGUGCCUUAGAAACCAGGUAAUAUUUUCAUUUUACUUAGUGAAUAUUCUGCUAAUAUCUGUACUUUUCAUGUUGGAAAGGUUUAAUGUAAACUCAGAGUUACCAUUUUAGAAAACUUAAGUGACAUUCUCACGCAAAAAGUCCAAUAAUUUAGCAGGUGGGGAAAAUUUACUUUGCCUUUUUAAAAUGAGGAACAUUUUUCAAAGUUAUCUAUAGUAGUCCAAGCUAAGUAUCUUAAAAUCUGCAACAUUUUCUGAACUCGUGGGCAAUGAUAAGUGCUAUUCUCAAAACAGACCUUAUUCUUAUCUAAGGCUUCAGCUAAGUUUUAUAGAACAUUUAUUGUAAUACCAUAUAAAGGAAACAUACUGUUGAAAUUUUUUAAAAGGUGUGCCCAGUUUCUAACUUAAAUGAAUUACUAUUUUCCUCUUGAUUGAUCUUGGAAGAGGUGACCAAAAAAACCCCCCAAAAACACACACAACUUUAUAAUGUGGUCAUAUCUAUAUACAAAUAGAGAUAUACUCCCACAUCAUAAAUUAGAAUUAUUAGGAUUUCUCACCUCUAAAUUGUUCUACUAGGUUUGAAUUACAAAGUUAAGUUUCCAGAUUAAGUACAUAGUUGCUUUAGGGUUUAAAUUCUUCAUCACUUGGCAACUGCUUGCUGAUCUUUGAUUUAGUUAGUAAUUUUAAUUUACAAAAAUGCCAUAUGGAAAAAAUUCAGCUGGGAAUUGUGAUGAUGUGUUGUACAUGUUAAUUUUUUACCUUUAACUCGUGAUCAUCUAGGGUAACAAGAAUUUUGGAAGCAGGAGGAAAAAACUCAUCUUUUUUGUAUUUUAAUGCCAUGCCUUUUAUGAAGAGUACAAAUUGAUACAUCCUAAAAUAAGAACUUAAUAAAGGAGGGAAAUUCCUACUGUCUGCUAUAAGAAUAGUAUAUUGUUUAGAUUUAAAGCAAGUUAUCAUUUUCUCCUUUAAGUAUAGAGUAUCAUUAUAACAUGUACUCAAUAAAUAUCCUGAGUAAA